UCACAAUAAACUAUUAAAUAGUGUUAAAAUGUGUUUUAUUAUCCUUCUAUAUAUAGGUUCUACCAAUGUGGUGGCCUGCUCUGUGCAUGGAAUAAGACGGGCUAUGACUGCAGCCUUGCACAUCAUCAUGGGUCAUCAUCAGCCUGUGGACGUGUGCAGCUUUAGCUCUAUGGGUUGUCUGCUGAGGUUCGGCUUCUCUGCCAUGUUUGGUUUUGGUGGGCGGACGCUCGCACUGGCAGAGAGACACCGCUGGAUGCCACCCAGCCAGCGCCACGAGUUCGCUCUCAUUAAAACACUGGCAAACCUCAAACCUGAAGACUGCGAACUGUCCUUUAUAACCAGCAGAGGAGCCGAGGAUCAGAUAAAAGCUGAGCGAAACGGGGAAGGAGGAGACAUUUGUGAGCAUGGAUCCUGGCAGACCAGACAAGGUCUGUACCUGAAUAUCAGCAUCAUGGCUAUUCCCUGCCUGUGCUCCAUGGCCCCAAACACCAGGUCUGUGUUCUUCCACACCACCUCUAUCCCUUCAUGGCCAACCAUUUUUGAAGUGAUCAUGACAACAUCCUUUCUAG